AUGUCUAUCGAAGACGACUCGUUCGCCUUGGUCAUGAUGGCAACCUCUCUGGACGAUAUUUCGAAGUUGCGCUCGGCUCAAGUCAACUCACAGCGCGAGUUCGAACAUCACCAAACCCAACUGUGGGCUUCUUUCGUCGACAAACGAAAGACACUACCCGAGCAUGAUCCAAUCCUCGUGAAGAUGACAGCCGCACUCGAAUGCUACGACAAGCGCCACGCUAUCAACACCGAGUACAUCGCCUGGCUCGAUGAUCAUAUGGCUGCGUUCAAGAAAGGAUAUGCAGACCGCAAGUGGAACCCAGAGGAUCUGGAACAAUAUGUCGCAGACAACGCCACGAUCUACAUGGACACGAUUACGGACUUCAACUCAAGGCUCUAUAUGAGUGUCAAGCCCAUUGAUCCUGAGGCUGGAGAGAACUUAAUCAAGUCUGUUUUGAGAGAAGCGAAAGACCCAUAUUUCGCGGCGAGAGUGGCGAGGUGGGACACGGAUCUGGCGCGAGCGGGUAUCGGGAGUGGAUUUAAGCCUACUGGCGACAACUCUGCCAAAGGACAUGAUGCCGAGGGCGAAAAGGUUGCAGAUAGUCCGGCUUAUGAAUCGAUUGAGGACACAGUGCCUGGCUGA